AUGCCCAGACCCGGCGCCGUUUCAUGGUGGGGCUAUGUGCACAAGCGGGCCUUUGCACCUUCAAUUUUUACCGAGGAUAACCUGGAGACGGCUAAAGUGUUGCGCGAUGACAGAUUAAAAAACAAAUCGGGCUACUUAGAGAAGAACUGCAAUCAAAUAAAUGAAAGUGAACGUUUUGUUACUACGUAUAAGACGCACGUGAACAGAGUUGUAGGUCGCAAUGAACAUUACCAUAACCUCAGGUUUAGGAACGCAUGUGAAGAGUUCAAUGGCCGAGAAUCUUGCUCGGAUACUAGCGUUGGAACCGAAGAGUAUGUGAGGAAGAAACACCGGCAUCGUCACAGAAGAAAAAAGAAGGGUGCCAAGUUUGGAUACGAUAUUAGAGAUUUGGACAGUUUCUUAAGUGCGGCCACCAUUGAUCGUCCGGGCAACAUUCCAGUGGUAAUAGCGUUUCCUAACUACGCUGUACCAGACGCAGAAGGAUUGUCAACGCGAGCUGACGCUACCUCUGGACUUCAUGAGAAGGAGAAUUUACAAGUUAAUUAUGGUGUGAAAAGACAGACGUUAUUAGUUGUUAACAGUGAUUAUGGCGGGAAUGUUUUAAAUAAAACAUUAACUGUGCAUAAAGGUGACGUCGUAACGCUAGUGCAAGGUGAUGGUAGUGAGACUGAUGUGGAUUCAGAAUGGUUUUAUGUAAGAAAAAAAGAUGGUAGUGAGGGUUUUAUACCGGCUGUUGUGGCCGGUCAUGGUUAUAUUUGA